AUGGGUUUAGCACAAAUCCUAUUGCUCCUAUCAGCAGGAGCAAUAGUCGUCCAUUCGAUAGCACGUUUUCCGCUUACCCAAAAUUAUUUCAACGAAGAAACCAUUACUACAGAGUUCCAAGAUAUCGAUACCAGUUUCCGUCUACCUUUAGACACCGUUCCCACCCACUACGAUAUCCACUUGAAGACUACAGUUCAUGAUGCCGACACCGAGUUCCAAGGAAACGUCAACAUACACCUGGAUGUGAAGGAACCCACGGACAAGAUAACGAUACACAGCCGCGACCUGGAAAUCCUAUCAUCUACUCUAAGCCACAUCCAGGGCACGGAAAAGGUCCAGUUGAGUCCACUCACCAACACCUAUAACAAUCAAACCGAACAGCUAACCUUCCAAAGUUCUUCAAUCCUUCCGAUCGGAAGCUACGAGCUAGAGAUCACUUUCACCGGAGCCCUGGUGCGAUACGACCGGCUAGGAUUUUUGAGAAAAUCUUACCGCGACAAUGCCGGCACCAGGCGAUAUCUUGCUGCAACGCACUUCGAACCGACAGGAGCUCGCAUGGCGUUCCCGUGUUACGACGAACCCACACUGAGGGCGACUUUCACAGUGUCCAUAACUCAUCACGCAAGCUACAAUGCCGUGUCCAAUAUGCCUCAAGAUGGUCCAGUGUCAGUGAACGCUGAAGAUCCUAAUUAUGUGACCACCACUUUCGUCAAAUCACCGAAUAUGUCAUCCUAUUUAUUGGCAUUUGUUGUGUCGGAUUUCGAAACGAAGUCCAUCGAUCAACAAGAGAUCCACGCCCGGCCAAAUGGCAUUCAAGACGCAGACUUCUCGCUUGAUGCGGGAGUUAAAAUUCUUCAGAAAUUGCACGAGUAUACCGGUAUUGACUAUUACGAAUAUCUUCCGAAGGUUGCACAAGUUGCUGUUCCCGAUUGGACCAGUGGUGCCAUGGAAAACUGGGGCCUGGUGAUUUACAGUGAACCAAGUCUUCUGUACAACGCAGAUAUUAACUCCUAUCGCACAUUGAUUAGCGCCAUUACGACGAUCGCUCACGAAUACACUCACCAAUGGUUUGGUAAUCUGGUCGCUGUCGAUUGGAGUUAUCUCUGGAUGAAGGAAGGCUUCGCCACCCUCUACGGUUACUACAUAGCUGAGUUAGCGUACCCCGACGAACCAUAUAUGGAUUUAUUUCAGGUGAAUGGUGUCCUGCAGGCGCUGGCGCAAGAUUCGAGUGUCUCAACUAGACCUAUGAACUGGCAAGCCAACACCGCUGCGGAAAUUUACGGAUUAUUUGAUACUGUUGCAUACCAGAAAGCUGGCAGUGUUUUGAACAUGUUCCGUGUCGUAUUUGGAGAUGAUGAUUGGAAACGUGGUAUGAAUGCUUAUCUACAAAAGCAUGCUCUCAGUACCGCUACUCCCGAAGAUCUAUACGUCGCUCUUCAAAGUUCUGUAAAUCUUCCAAACGCGAUGACUGCAGAACAAAUCUUGGGAAGUUGGACAAGCGCUGCUGGAUAUCCUGUACUCAACGUCCGACGAAACUAUCGCACUUCGUCAGUAGUUAUUUCACAAGAACGCUUCAUAGCUGACAGGAGAAUUCCGUCGAAUCACAUUUGGUACAUUCCUUAUAAUUUUGCCGACGAAAAAGAACAGAACUUUGCAUUGGACAGUUUCAACUGGUUAACGAAAAAGGCAAGCGUAAUCGAAGUGGACACAGAACCCGAACAGUGGCUGAUCUUCAACCGCCAACAAUUUGGUUUUUACCGAGUCAACUACGACCCAAGAAAUUGGGAGAUGAUAAUUCAAGCAAUGACGCAGAAUCCUAACAGCAUCCACUACAUUAACCGAGCUCAGUUAAUCGACGACGCUUUCAGUUUGGCGCGUGCGGAACUGCUGGACUUUACCAUUGUGUUACGUUUGGUGACAACUAUCGCUAAUGAUCGUGCCUAUCUUCCAUGGGCUGCCGUUGACAAAGUACUAACCUAUUUGAAUACCAAACUUCGUGGAACUAUUCAUCACGAACGAUUUGAGCAGUACGUCAAAACUCUGAUCACUAACAUUUACCCAACGCUUGUGGUCGAUUAUGUGGAUGCCGAUGAGACUCAAAGUGACAAAUUCGUUAAACAGUUGAUCUCCACGUGGGCUUGUCGAGUUGAUUACUCCGACUGCCGACAGAAAGCCGAGACAGCAUUUAAAGCAGACAUUUAUUCCAGCACCAAAGUUGCCCCAGAUAUCCAAACAGUUAUGUACUGCUAUGGAAUCCAACGCGCGACGAACGACGAAUUCAUAUGGCUGUACACACGGCUGUUCAACUCCAUUAACGAAGCCGAACGCAUCCUGAUCAUCAACGCACUUGGCUGUUCGGAAAGCAAAGAACAGCUGGAGGCGUACCUGACGUCGUCCAUUGGAUCCGGUGUCGGGGUCGAAAUCAAUUACAAUGACAGGGAACGCCCUCUAGUGUUGCAAGCGGUCUAUUCAGCCGGAAGGAUUGGAGUUGAUGGCUUGAUCGACUUUCUGAACAACUGGGACAUCGCUGACGAUUUGAUCUACUGGUUGGAACAGCCGGUGUUCAACAAUGCCAUUGCGAACAUUGCAUCGAGGACGAAUACAGUUCAGGAGCUGGAUCGAUUGAACCAACUGCUGGAGACGGUUGGAACAUUGGCCCCGGAGUAUGUCGUCAGCGCUGCCAUGGCUACGGUGAAGGCCAAUCUAAAUUGGUACGAUAGCUUAGAGGGGCUGGUGAUAGCGGAGUAUUUUGAACAUCGUUACAUUCUAGUGGUACUUAUCCUUUUCUUGGAAAGGAGAAGGAUGGUUUUGAAAGAAGCGUUUUUAUGCGCUCUGGUGCUGUCGGUUGCAGCUGAUCGUCCGCAAUGGCGCGCACUGGAUGGAGUGGUAGAAGAGGAAGCCCAAAUCGACCUGUACCAAACUGUUGACGAAUCCUACAGGCUGCCAACGGUCACGGUUCCGUCCCACUACAACUUGCACCUGAAGACUGCGAUACAUAACAACGACCGGGAAUUUCAAGGAACGGUUGAGAUUUUCUUUGAUGUUCUCGAGUCUACGGAUACGGUUACGAUUUUAAACCGUGGUCUAUCUGUAUGGAAAAUCACGCUGUACUCAAUUUCUGGAGAAAUUCAAACUGAACUCGGUUCUCCUGAAUUUGACACAGCUGUCGGCACGGAACAUCUUGCCAUCAAGCACAGCUCGAUAUUGGAACCUGGAACUUACAUGGUGCAAAUUGAAUACAUUGGACAGUUACAAGACAACAACAACCAAGGUUUCUUUGCAUCAUCCUACCGCGAUGACGAAGGCACAACUCACUAUCUAGCUUCGAGCAAGUUCGAACCAACCCAUGCUCGAUCGGCGUUCCCCUGCUACGACGAACCCAAACUGAAGGCCACGUUCACGAUUUCCAUAACUCACUCCAAGGAUUACCAUGCCGUGUCCAACAUGCCCCAGGAAGGUGAACUGGUGCCCGAUGUCGACGACCUGACCCUGGUCACGACAACUUUCCAGAAAUCGACCAAAAUGUCCACCUACCUGGUGGCGUUCGCUGUGACGGACUUCAGUAUUCGCACCGAUGGCUAUCAGACGGUUUACGCCCGACCGAACGUGUACGAAGAAACUGAACUGGGCCUGCAGGCUGGGGUGGACAUUUUGAACGCCCUCAGUGCCUACACCGGUGUGGAGUACACCAAAUACAUGCCCAAGAUGACGCAGAUUGCGAUUCCGGAUCGCGGAUCCGGUGCCAUGGAGAACUGGGGUCUGGUUGCGUAUGGUGAGCCCGUCCUGUUAUUCAACCCAUCGAUAAACACCUAUCGCAACAAGAAGAAUGUCGUCACUAUCAUCGCGCACGAAUUCGCCCAUCAGUGGUUCGGCAACCUUGUUAGCCCCGACUGGUGGGACCACAUCUGGUUGAACGAAGGCUUCGCCACCGUUUACGAGUACUACGCGGCACAGCUGGCCUAUCCGGAGGCCAACUAUUGGGACCUGUGGGGCGUGGAGGUGAUUCAGAAUGCCUUCUCGGCGGACGCCAGCGAAUCCGUUCGGCCGAUGACCUGGAAUGCGGCCACCCCUAGCGAGAUUGCCGCCCUGUUUGACACCGUUGCUUACGAUAAGUCCGGAAGUGUCUUGAACAUGUUCCGUGUCGCAUUUGGAGAUGAUAACUUCAGGGAAGGACUGGUGUCCUACUUCAACAGUAGAGAAUUGGACAGUGCCAUUGCCGAUCAUUUGUACGAAGGACUAGAACUUGCAGUUACAGGAAAGGACGUCCUACCAAGAUCUUUCAACGUCAAAGAAGUGAUGGAUUCGUGGACAACUGUAGCAGGCUUCCCGCUGUUGACCGUGCGUCGAGACUACACAUCUGGAGAUAUUUAUGUUUCCCAAGAACGAUUCUACAGUGACCGUCAAUUGCCGAAUACUCACGUCUACCAUGUUCCGUUCAACUACGCAUCGAAGUCUGAGGCAGAUUUCGAUACUUUGAGCUUCGAGUGGUUGUCCACCAAGGCAGCCAAGUUGACAACGACGAUACCAGCCGACGAUUGGGUCAUCUUCAACAAGCAACAAACCGGCUACUAUCGAGUAAAUUACGAUUCGCAGAACUGGCAAUUGAUCAUUGCAGCUCUUCAGGAAAACCCUUCAUCAAUUAACGUUCAAAAUCGCGCCCAGCUAAUCAACGACGCGUACAAUCUUGCUAGAGCGGAACGUCUAGAUCUGGCCGUGCCUUUGGAACUUUUGAACUAUUUGAAACAAGAAACUGCCUACCCUCCGUGGGCAGCAGCUGGCACCGUUCUGACCUAUUUCAAUAACAAACUCCGCGGAACUGCCUCCUAUCCCAAUUUCCUCAACUAUGUGAGUCAACUGAUCCAACCACUCUACUCUACGCAAGAGGUUGACGCUGUUUCCGCCGAUGAAACAGUGAGGGAGAAAUACGUCAAACAAACUAUCACUACGUGGGCAUGCCGUAUCGGAAAUCAGGAUUGUAUUCAGCGCAGCGGAGCCGCACUGAAGACAGCAGUUGCCGCCAACGUUCCAGUGCACCCUGAUAUUGCCACCGUAGUAUAUUGCUACGGCUUGGAGGAGACCGGUGAAACUGAGUUUGUUUGGCUGUACGAGCGCUUGUUGGCCUCUAAGAACCAAGCCGAAAGAGCUGUUCUGAUCGACUCGUUAGCAUGUUCUCAAAAUAAAGAAUACCUGGUGUCGUUCCUCAUGACAUCGAUCGGCAGCGGUGCCACGAUCAACUACCUGGAAACCGAACGUACCCGCAUUAUCUCGUCCAUCUACUCCGCGUCGCGCGCAGGAGUCGAUGCGCUGAUUGACUUUUUCAGCGGAAUCUUAAUCGACGAAUUCAUCAGCCGUCUUGGCCAGAGCGUCCUGAACAGUGCCAUCUCUAACAUAGCAUCGCGAACCAACAACGAAGCCGAGCUCGAACAAUUGAAUACCCUGCUGGCUUUGCUGGUGUCGGGUGAGAAAAUAACGGAAGCCACCGCUUCCUCGGCCAAAUCCACGGCAGAAGCCCGUUUGGCUUGGUUCACCUCGUUGGAGGCGCUUGUCGCGGAAGAGUUCUUCGGAACUUACACGCAAUGAUAGAAAUGUGUUUAUCUUUGACAGCGAUUUAUUUAUUCUUUUAGUAGAAUAUAUUGUAAAUAAUAAUAUAA